CGCGCAAGUGACAGACAAAGAAAGAAUAACACCAUUACACAACAUCUUCCCGUACCAUCAUACACAAAAUGAACUCUAUUCUUUCAAGAUUCGCUGGACCAAGUUCCAAUCCCUUGGGACAUGCAGAUGAUUAUGAAGGAUACGACCCGAGCGCAUUAUCCAACAAAGCAUCUUCAUCUAGCAAUGUACCUUCGUUCGACAUUCCAAGUACAGAUCCCGGAGCAUUCUUAUCACAAUAUACCGAUGUUGAUUCAACCAAUGCAAACGCACGUAUCAAGCUACAACACGGUACCACAACCUUAGCCUUCCGUUUCAAAGGCGGAAUCAUCGUUUGUGUUGAUUCUCGUGCAACGGCCGGUAGUUAUAUCGCUUCAGGAACGGUGAAAAAAGUUAUCGAAAUUAAUCCUUACCUACUCGGUACAAUGGCAGGUGGUGCAGCUGAUUGUCAAUAUUGGGAAACAUAUUUGGGUAUUCAAUGUCGAUUACAUGAAUUGCGAAAUAAGGAACGUAUUUCCGUAGCUGCUGCCAGUAAAUAUUUGAGCAAUUUGGUUUACAGUUAUAAGGGAAUGGGCUUGAGUAUGGGAACGAUGAUCUGCGGUUGGGACAAGACUGGGCCUGCGCUUUUCUAUGUUGAUUCCGACGGAACACGACUCAAAGGUGACGUCUUUAGUGUUGGUUCCGGUUCCACGUUUGCUUAUGGUGUUUUGGAUCAAGGCUAUCACUGGGACUUAAGCGAUGCUGAUGCACAAGAGUUGGGUCGCAGAAGUAUCUUUGCCGCUGCUCAUAGGGACGCAUACUCUGGUAACUCUGUAAAUCUAUACCAUGUUCGUGAAAACGGUUGGGAGUUCAUUGACAAUUACGAUGUGGCCAAAUUGCACUACGAAGGCCCAGGUGAUGAUGUUGCCGGUCAUACAGGAGGUGGAUAUGGUUGGAAUGUACGAACUGAAGGACUUUCUUCUGUCCUUCCUGCUGAAGCUGGUCAAGAUCAAGGUGGAGACGGAGGACAGCCACCCGUUCAAGCCGCUUCCGCAUCUACCUAAAGACGAGUAUUAAAUGGUGAAAGCGGUGUAGAUCAUGUACCUUGAAUAAAAUGCAUUACUACAAUCUACUAUUUAAUCAUCGCCAUCUAGCUCUGGAUAGUGACGGAAAACGCCGUUACUAAAGUGGAAGAAGGGAGAGGCAAGAAUGUCAGAAGAAGAUGCGGGGAUGCCCACCAAUUGAUAACACUUACCUGUACGCUU